AUGGACACUCAUCAAGACAUUGGCAAAGACUUUCACCCUGGAGCUGACUUCCAUCCUGGUCAGUCUAUUAAUCACCAGUCGUCUACCCAGCCCAUCAAUGCUGAAUACCCUCACGGCGACUCCGCAGAGGAUGUCCUGCGCCAGAUCAAUACCAAUGCCACCGGAAGCGUGACAAUCUCUUCCGAACUCUUCGAAAGAUUGUAUCUCCAGCCCAAGGUCGCGGACCCAGCUGGCUUGAAGCAUCCGUUGCAGAAGUUGUUUGGGAAUCCCACGGGACUUGCAAUCAUCGGCUUCGAGAUGAGUCUGAUGCCGAUUUCCAUGCAGUUGAUGGGAUGGCGUGGUGCUGGAGGAUCCAGGGCGACCAACAAUGCGAACGUCAUCUUCUUCGGUGGAGUGCUCAUGUGGGUUGGUGGACUUUUAGAGUUCGUUUUGGGCAACACAUUUCCCUUUCUAGUGUUCACCUCGUUCGGAAGCUUUUACGCAGGUUAUGGCGGGACCAUGAUGCCCGAAUUCGCCACAUAUGCCCCCUUCUCGGAUGAUCCUCUCAACGACCCCCUGGCAGGCAUUGCCAGCGCCGAAUGGAACGCGAAUUACGGGUUGUGGUGGGUCGCAUUCACCAUCCUGAUGUUCUUCUACUGGCUCUGCUCGCUCCGCACGAACGUGGUCUACGCCCUGAUGUUCACAACAAUCUUCCCAGGGGUAGCAUGCGUCGCAGCAGUGUUCAUCUAUGCGGCGGAUGCGAAUGCUCAGAAAGCGCAUGACUGUCAGGUGGCUGCUGGUGCACUCCUAUUCUGUGCUUGUGUCUUCGGGUGGUACCUGUUUGCCGCACUGAUCCUACCUACCGUCGACUUCCCGCUUUACAUUCCGCUUGGUGAUCUUACGCAUGUGGUCCCUAGCUUGACACAAAGGAAUUCCGGUGGCGGCAGGAGGUUGAGAAAGCCAAGGUCUGGAAGUGAAAAGAUUCAAGAGGAUGGUGGCCAGGUGUGA